UCAAUCUGAGAUUUGUCAACAUCACGAUACAAUAUUUAUUUUGAAAUUCACAGAGUAAAGUUAUUAAGUUUUUAAUAAAAAGUAAAUAAAUAUUUAAACACACAUUAUGCAAGUAUUACUUACAGUGAUUGUUUUAGCUUUAAUAAAUUACAUAGAUCUAGUAGGUUCUUUAAAAACUAGCUUUAUUCGACAACAUUUAGGUUCACGCACUCCGUACAGGUUUCGAGCGAAUAAAAAUGAUUCCAGAAUAAAAUAUCCAGGUUGCAAAGAUACUAAAAUAUGGAUGGUGAUUCGUCAUGGCACCAGAUUGCCGAGUCGAAAAGAUUUAAAUGCGGUUUCAAAACUAGUUGAUUUAAAGUAUGAAGUGUUAUGGCAACAUGAGUAUGGAAAAGGUCAAUUAACCAAUGAGCAAUUCAAUAGUCUACAAGACUGGAGACUAAAUAUUGAUCCUGAUCAGGAUAGUUACCUGACAUUAGAGGGACAAGAUGAGAUGAUAUUAAUGGCUGAAAGAAUGCAAAAACGAUUCCCGAAUGCCAUCAAACAGAAGUAUAGUAAUAAGACAUUUUUAUUCCGCUACACAGCAACACAGCGAGCUCAACAGAGUGCAAGAUACUUCACUAAUGGCUUGUUUGAAAAGAAAGAUGCCCAAGACAUCAUAUUUGCACCAGCAACGCGAGUUGAUCCUGUUUUAAGGUUUUACAAACACUGUGACAGGUGGUUAUCGCAAGUAAAGAAAAAUCCUGACACUUACAACGAGACUAGACUGUUUGGUCAUAGUCGUCUAAUGAACGACACGUUGGAGUCCGUGUCUAAAAGACUGGGCCUCAGUAGAGUACUCAGAUUGGAAACUGUGGAGUUAAUGUACAAGUUCUGUGGCUAUGAAACGUCGUGGGACAAGCAUCACAUAUCGCCGUGGUGUUACGCUUUCGAUGAAGAUAGUAUGCAGGUGUUUGAAUACUAUCACGAUCUGAAGACGUAUUGGCUGGAUGGCUACGGACAUGAGCUGACGUAUCGUCAAGCUUGCAUGUCUAUAAAGAACAUGUUCGAGUUUUUUGACAAACGUGACGGGUACCAGUCAAUCUUCAUGUUCAGUCACUCGGGUACUAUUCUGAAGAUCCUGACGCACUUGAAGCUCUACCAGCCAUCGUCUCCGCUCCGAGGGGACGCCAUUGUCAAGGAUAGACCGUGGAAACUCUCCGAGAUUGACUGCUUCGCCGCUAAUUUGGCAUUUGUGCUGUUUAAAUGCAAAGACGGAGACCACGUUUUAACUCUACAUCAAGAGAAAAUAAUCAAGUUACCGAUGUGUAAACACGAACUGUGUCCACUGAAGCACUUGAGGGAAUAUUUCCAUGACAGCAUAUUCAAAUGUGACUACACGGACAUGUGUAGUCUUCAACCGAAUAGUACAAAUAAUAAGGAAGAUUAAAUAAGAGUACUUAGACAAAAACAAGAAAUCACGCAAGAACUAACUUGUUACAUGAGAAACUGAGGGUAUAUAAGAACCUUUUUUUUAUUCUGCCGAAGUGAAAAUAGCUGUUAUGGAAGUUGAAAAUAGAAGGCGCGCUACGUCAAUUCUUUGUCCAUUUUGGACGUAGAAGUGACGUAAUGUGAACAAAUAUGUCGUACAUUUUUGGGUCGAAAUAAAUGGGAAAAAAGUCGGAAAUGAAAAAAUCUUUUGUGAUUAAGAGGUGAAAACAGCCGAAAAAAUAUAUUUGCUAAUAAAUAAAUAUUACUUUUACAUCACAUCACAUAUAAAAUAAUUAAUGUUUAUGAACAACUAGCAAAUUCGGCGAACUCCGUUUUGCCACCAAUGAUUUUCCGAUUUUCUGCUUUUAUCUUGAAAUUUUUGCGAAUUUUCUUUGCUAUAAACCUCACGGAGCCCGAGACCUUUCCAACGAAUGCAAAACCGUGGAAAUCGGUUCGUGCGUUCUGGAGUUAUAGCGUCAGGAAGGAAAACCCGACUUAUUUUUAUAUUUAAAACAAUAAAACAUUCCAAAUGUAUGUACAAGCUUCUUAGUUUGUAAAUUUUGAAGAAAAGUACUUUUAUAGAAUGAAUCUUGACAUCACAAAAUAUAAAAUUGUUAAAGAUGGCUUUUUAGCACGCUGUGCUUCAGCUGAGAACAGAACACACUAAAAGCUUUACUGUUAUUAAUAUUGCACAAUAUUAAGCAUAAUAUUUAUAUAUUUUUUUACUGUUUUUCACGUAACUGUUUGGUUCCUCGACUAGUUUCAAGCCACUGUAGGGCCCAUAAACUAGUACGAGUAAUGUCGUCAAUUAAUGUAGUGACCCAUGCAACGUAAUUGAAAAAUAAAUUUCAAUUAUAAUUUGUUUAGGUAUUUAUUUUAUUGUAUAUCGUCACAGUUUAGUGCUUUUCAAGUACGAGUGAUAUUUAUAUAUUUAACAAAAUUAUAAUAAAAUACCAGUAUUAGAAAAAGGAAUAAUUAAUGAAAUUAAGUGAGAUUAAUUUAAUACAGAUGUACUAGCUUGUCGCGGCUUAAGACUUUCAUUAUCAUAAAUGUGUCAAUGUUGUAAGAACGUGGGCCAAAUUAGUUGCUAAGUAUCUUUUUUACCUGUAUUGUCGGAGCUACUAGGACUAACACAUCACACCUAGACCCGGAACAAUACCUGUACAUCACACAAAGAGUUGUUCCGUGAAUCAAAUGCACAGCAGUCAAGCGCUUAAGCACUGCACCGAGUAUGUAGAAAAAACAUGCUUAUUAGGUCUAGUUUUGAAAAGACUAAUCAAUUUUACAGUGAAUUGAAGAAAUUAAUUCCUACCUAUUAUCGAUGAACCCAGAAACACUAUAAAAAGUAGAUAUCGUAACGAGAAAAAGUGUACAAUUAUAAAAUUGUUAUACCAAAAAUAUAGCUUGAAGUUGUUUUAUACAAUAGUUUUAGAAUGAAUUUCAUGUUUACAUUGUUAUAUUGAGAUGUACAAACGAACAUUGUUGAACUGAUCAUAAUAAAUGCUACGCUUUGAGUGCACAA